AUGUUUCUGGAGAUCAACAGUCAGGACCAACAGCGAACAACACCAUUCCGCUUUUCCGUACCAGCCUCGCUGGAUCUACGGUUUCUCAAUUGCCUGAACGUUACCGCAAGUUCAAUGCGUCGCCUGGCCCUCCAAACUUUCCGUACUGCUCGUCGUGUACCAGUAUGGAAGGUCAGCGCUAGGAGACCGUCCACUGUGUCGUUCUCCCAUAAUCAGCCUCUAGGUCUCCGGCUCUCCUCCCGUGGACGACAUCCCUCCUUCAUUCCAGCAACCUUGCAGUCAUCGAUGCAUCUCCGAAACUUUUCUCUUGCGGUGAUAUCGACGGUUGUCGCAUCUGGCGCUUGGUACGCUUAUCAGGGUAGCAGCUCUCAGCAGAGCCCCGUGACGUCCCCAUCGCAAACACGGUCACUAGCUACAGACGCAUCUUCAGGAGCGCACGCUGAAGACUCCGCGGAAUCUACCAGACGUGCGAUCCUCGUGGACAAUGAUCAGUUCUACACGGCAACACUAUCUGGAGACCAGCCUCUUUACAAGCAGACAGACGAUUCCGACCGCCGAAUUCUAGAGAUGUUGACGCCUGAACAGGCGACACAGAAGUUGAGGAGAAAUGAGCAGUCCUUUAUGGUUAAUCGGGGCAAAGGUGUCGUGCGAUACGAUGUCGUCCAGGUUCCGAGCAACUCGCCAAUCGAGGAUGAUCAUGCGGAGAAGAUUGUCGAAGUGCCUUCCUCUGUAGCUGCGGCGAACGAUGGGGAGUCGACUAGUGAUUGGAUGUUUUGGGCUGUAUUUGAUGGUCAUUCGGGAUGGACAACCUCGGCCAAACUGCGCAAUGUACUGAUCUCAUACGUGGCCCGGGAGCUGAAUACGACCUACAAGGCUGCAGCUACCAAUCCUUCACUUAUUAGCCCGUCAUCCGAAGCUGUGGACGCGGCAAUCAAGCAAGCCUUUGUCCGCCUUGAUAACGAUAUCGUGCAUAGUAGUGUCGACAAGGUCCUCAAAUCCAACUCCCGCCGAGCCGCAGCUGAGCUGCUUGCGCCCGCCCUCUCCGGAUCCUGUGCUCUGCUUGCAUUCUAUGACUCGCAAUCCAAAGACCUCAAGGUCGCCUGUGCUGGUGACUCAAGAGCUGUUCUUGGCCGCCGUGGACCUACCGGAAAAUGGACGGCAACACCACUUUCUGAGGAUCAGACUGGUGGCACCCCUUCAGAGAUGAAGCGUCUGCGGGAGGAGCAUCCUGGCGAACCGAAUGUUGUGCGUAACGGACGAAUUCUGGGACAACUGGAGCCUAGCCGUUCCUUUGGAGAUGCAUUCUACAAGUGGAGCAAGGAGACCCAGGAGAAAAUCAAGAAGCAGUUUUUCGGAAGGACCCCUCAUCCCCUGUUAAAGACUCCUCCUUAUGUCACCGCCGAACCUGUCAUCACGACCACGAAGAUUGAGCCUAGUAAGGGUGACUUUGUCGUCAUGGCUACGGACGGCCUCUGGGAAAUGCUGAGCAAUGAAGAAGUCGUCGGCCUUGUGGGCCAAUGGGUUGACCAGCAGCGGGCUGGCAACAACGGAACCAAUAAGGCGUGGCUGCAGAGCUGGUUUGGCUUAGACGACAAGCAUCUGCCCGUAGAGGCACCCAAGGAGACGACCACGGAAGGCCAGCGCCGUCCGAUCCGUCAGCAACAGUACGACAUUUCGGGCGUUGCCAGUCGUUUUGUCGUAGAAGACAAGAACGCCGCAACUCAUCUCGUGCGCAACGCGAUGGGUGGCAAGGACAGGGACAUGGUUUGCGCUUUGCUCACACUCCCUAGUCCGUACUCCCGCAGAUACCGCGACGACAUUACCGUCGAGGUCAUCUUCUUCGGCGACGGCCCUGACAACCGGACCAUCACCGUCAACCAGGAAGCCAGCGCGUCGGAGGAAAAUCAGAAAGCCAAGCUAUGA